AUGUCACAGGUCUCAUCAACGGAGGCCCCGGCGCUCACUCCUCGGUUUUGUUUUGACGAGAGGCUACUCAGAGAUUUUCUCCGACUUUCGAGAUCGACAAUCGACGAUUCGAUAACACAGAACCUCAAUGCGUUGAUCACACCGGCUAAGGAGGGCUUUGACCCAUCAUCAACCGCAGUGCGACAGACCGACACUCGAUCCCGGAGGACUAUCCACCCCGCCGCCUGCCAGGGCUUCAAGGAAAAUGUGCUAUUUCCGUCAUGGCAGACAAGAUCAGAUGUUCUAAACUACUGCGCCGGUGUGGCUACGAGUCCCGACCCAGAUGACCCGGAUUUGAUCCUUCGACAGACAGAAUCCGCCCGAGACCGAGAACGAGUGGUUGAUGAGCGAUUAGACCCAUACUCUGCCCGUUUCUUCCCUCGCGAAGCGAGGACCGAGUCGUUGGCAAAUUUGGUUCGCAAUGAGCGCACCAUUGAAGAAAUCAUUCGAGCCCGGACAUGGGGGAUGGUUUCAGAAAAAUGCAGUAGUUCUACGUCGUGGCAGGAUGCUCUCGACAGCUGGCGCCAUGAUCGUCAGAAAUAG